CCCAAAUGCCACUACUCGCAUUGCUUCCUCUGGUCCUUGUCACCCUAUCUGCCACCAGCGACGAGGUGGCAGCCUCUCCCCAUGCCCACCCCCACCCUCUGGACCCCCUCUCCGCAGCGGAGCUCACUGCCGUUAGAGCAGCCGUGCUUGCCUCCCCAUUCGUCCCUUCCCGGCCACUCACCUUCCACUACGUCGGCCUCGAUGAGCCCGACAAGCCCGACGUCCUCUCCUACGCCUACGCGACCGCCUCAUCCCACAGCCCCAUCCUACCGCGAUUCGCGCUCGUCAUCGCCCGAGCUGGCGGCCAGUCCCACGAGCUCCGUGUCGACGUCACCCACGUCUCCACCCCCUCUGUCCUUUCGCAUUCUAUCCACGGUGGCGCUGGCUUCCCGAUGUUCACGGUCGAGGAGCAGAUCGCAGCGGGGGCGCUGGCACCCAUGUAUCCUCCCUUCGUGGAAUCCGUGCGACGGCGUGGGCUGAACAUAAGCGAAGUUGGCUGCGGGGUGUUCUCCAAGGGAUGGUUCGGCAGCAGCGAGAAGAGGUGGGGCGGCGCAAGGGUGGCGAAGAUGCAAUGCUUCGUGGCCGGCGAGACGGCCAACUUCUACGCGCGGCCACUGGAGGGCGUGACGCUGGUGGUGGACCUCGAGCGGAUGACCAUCGUCGGGUACACGGACAGGAUCGCGCCCCCGGUGCCGAAGGAGGAGGGGACCGACUACCGGGCAGAGAAGAUUGCGCCGCUGUUCACCGGGCCAGCGGCGGCACCCGGCGUGGUGGUUCAGCCCGAGGGCAGGGGCUUCCACAUGGACGGUCACGUUGUCAGAUGGGCCAACUGGGAGUUCCAUGUGGGCUUCGACAUGCGCGCCGGCACGGUAAUCUCGCUGGCCUCGGUCCACGACGCCGACGCCGGCCAGCGACGGCGGGUGCUCUACCGCGGCUUCGUGUCGGAGGUCUUCGUGCCCUACAUGGACCCGGAGGAGGAGUGGUACUUCCACACAUUCAUGGACGCCGGCGAAUUCGGCCUGGGGACCUCGGCGUUCCCGCUCCAGCCCGGCAGCGAUUGCCCGGCCAACGCGGCCUACAUGGACGGCUACUACGUCAACCAGGACGGCAAACCUGUGAAGGCUCUGAAUGUGAUCUGCGUGUUCGAGCGGUACGCCGGCGACGUCGCGUGGCGCCACACCCAGGCCGGGCUGCCAGGAGAACUGAUCACGGAGGUCAGACAGGACGUGACCUUGGUGGUGAGAAUGGUGGCGACCGUCGGGAACUAUGACUACACAUUCGACUGGGAGUUCAAGACGGUCGGCACCAUCAAGCUUGUGGUCUCUCUCUCUGGCAUCCUAGAGAUGAAGGCGACGUCCUACAUGCACGCCGACCAGAUCACGGAGGACGCGCACGGCACGCUCGUCGCCGAGAACACCGUCGGCGUCUACCACGACCACUUCGUCACGUACCACCUGGACCUCGACGUGGACGGCACCAAGAACUCGUUCGUCAAGAACACCGUCACCCCCAUGCGCAACACCGGGGACCCGUCCACGGGUGGCGCUGACACGCCCAGGAGGAGUUACUGGACGGUGCGCCGCGAGGUGGCCGAGACCGAGGCGGAUGGGCAGGUGGGCAUUAACGGUGCGCCUGUGGACCUGCUGUUCGUGAACCCGAGCAAGAGGACCAAGAUAGGCAACGAGGCCGGGUACCGGCUCGUCCCAUCCGGCGCGACGGCGGCCUCCCUGCUGGCCGACGACGACUACCCGCAACGGCGCGCGAGCUACACGAAGAAGCAGGUGUGGGUGACCCCGUACAACAAGUCGGAGAAGUGGGCGCCCGGGCUGUACGCCGACCAGAGCACGGGAGACGACAACUUGGCCGCCUGGAGCAAGAAGAACAGAGGGAUAAAGGACAAGGACAUCGUGCUGUGGUACACGCUGGGCCUGCACCACGUCCCGUGCCAGGAGGACUUCCCGGUGAUGCCGACGUUGAGUGGCGCGUUCGAGAUGCGGCCGUUCAACUUCUUCGAGAGGAACCCGUUGAUCAGAACCAGGCCGUCCAGGCAAGGUCACUCCCCUAACUGCUCCUGCGGCGCCAGAUAGUUAUCCAGGUGAUGUGACGAUGCUGCCGUGCCACUCUGUAUGAAUCGGUGAUAACAAUUUGCCGCCAAGGUUCACUCACAAAGCGGUAAAAACAUGUUUGUGCCUCCCGCUAGUUCUCUUAUAUAUGCUCGUGAUAUUUCGAAAAGAUCAUGAUGUACGUAUGAAUUGUUUCAACGAUAUUUGAACAUAAAAUGCAAUUGUUGGUAAUUUACAAA